CAGAGAGGGGCUGAGGAUGGGGACAGGAAUUUGGGAUGAAGCUGUGCUGGAGACAGGCUGCUCAUCGCACCAGGGUCUCACAGAGGGGCUGAGGAUGGGCACUAGGGCAGACAGGCUGGGAUUUCCAGGGGAUGAAAACCCCAUGGAAGCAGCAAGAGGAGCUUCCCUCCUGUAUGGGAUGGGAAUUCUGGGUGCUGUGCUGGCUGCAGGUGGAAGAGACAGCAUGUGAAGGUGUGAUUAAAUUGUGGGAGUGUUAAAUGACGUUUCUGGCUGUCCCUGUGGGGACACUGCCCCCUCCACACUGCUCCUUGGGUGGGUUUCCUUGUAGGAUCCCAGCUCCAGCAUGGAGCAAGGAUCACAGGAUGGUUUAGGGGGCAGGAUUGGGCAGGGACACUUUCAGAGGAGACCCAGGACCCUCUCACCGUGACCCCAGAGGGCACAGCUGUGGCUGGGGACACUCAGAGAGGUCACCUGGCACCGAGCCCAGCACCCACGGCGAGCAGUGACUGGGAGAGAACGUGCUGAACCCCACGGCUGCACUGGGAGCUGCCGAAGCUCUGACGUCCCGGCGUGGCUGCUCCCUCAUGACGAGUGUCCUGUCCCUGCUCCACAGCUGCUGCCACCAGAUAACGCCGGGCUGGGGACAUGGAGCCGCUCGGGCAGCACGUCCCACUGCCCGGCUGGCAGAAAGGGGUGAGGAGAGGAGGAAGAAACACAUCCCUGCUUCCAGCUGGGAUCGCUUUGCUGGCUGAGCUGCGUUUCUGGAAGCUGGAAGCUCUGGGCAUCUUCAGGGGUGUUGGAGCAGAGCGAGGGGCAGCAUCAGAGAGGGAUAUUUUUAGACGCUCUUUGUGCUCAGAGAGCAAAACCAGGCUGUGGUUGAACGGCCAUUAGCUGCUGGGCAUGUUUGAGAAGCUGAGGUAGGGCCGAGGAUUCAGCUUGACACGAUGGGACGGAGCAGCUUUGCAGACACGACAGCAAUUUGUAGCCUGAGCAUCGAAGCGAAGAUCCCAAGAGGAGCCUGGGUCUGGGCAGGCCAGCCCGUUUAGCUGCCACACGGGGUCAGGGGGGCUGAGCCCCCACAAGGACGUGCUCACAUCGUUGGUGGGCUGAUGUUUGCUCCAAAGGCUGCGGAGGAGGUGCGGGACAAGAGCGGACCAGAGAUCCGCAUGUCAGACCAUCACCACCCCAGCGAUGGGGAGUCAGAGCCCCAGCACGGCAUCACUGUGGUCUUCCUCCUCGUCCUUGUCUUCUUUGUCAUGGGGCUGGUGGGGUUCCUGAUCUGCCAUGUCCUGAAGAAGAAGGGUUACCGCUGCCGGACCUUCCGCGACGAGCUUGACCCAGAUGACAAAGACGGGGUGGAGGAGCUCCAGGACGAUGAUGAGGACGAGAAGAAUGAUGACACCGUGGAGAAGAUUGUGAGGUGCAUCAUCCAAAACCAAGCAAACGUGGAGGCCCUCAAGGAGAUGUUGGGGGAAAAUGAAGGGGAUGUGCCAGUGCCAGUACCAGUGCCCAGCCUUUGUCCCCACAGCAGCAGCCAGGACGGGGGCCCCCCUCACCACCACACGGUGCACCUGGGCUCCACGCAGGCCCCCUGCAUCCACUGCAGCAGGAGGAAGAGGCACCCGCUGCAGCGCCAGGGCAGGUCCAAGGAGGGCAAAAGCAGGAUGCUUCCUGGAGAGACCACUGUCUUCUCGGUGGGCAGGUUCCGUGUCACGCACAUCGGGAAGAAGCCCCCCGUGCAGGAGCAGCAGGACGGGGCGCUGCCCGCCGGCAGCCGGCAGCCGAGCACGGAGGAGCUGGAGCGCAGCAGCGAGAGGCUGCAGCGGGAGCGGGCUCUCAACGGGACUGUCCCCACGGGUGGCCUGCACAACGGAGCCAUCCACACGGGCACCCAGGGCGGCAGGGGGGGGGGGGGGGGGGGGCCCGGCACGGCGGGGCCCGGCACGGCAGGGUCCCUGCAGGAUGCUGGCUCUGCUCCUGGGAGUUCAGGCCGCCAGCGGAGGCUGAUGAGCAUGCCGGCGCUGGGAGCAUCGAGUCCCAACAUCCCAGGAGAGCUGGCGAGGGAAGGAGGCGGCAUCUGCCUGGAGGAGAUGGGACUGGAGUCGGCAGAUGAAGUGUCGGAUAUUCACGGGAGCCUGAGUCUGCAGGAACAGCCUGAGGAGCUGGGGAGAGACGACAGCAGCAGGAAACAGCCCGGAGGGCAGGACGGGAGGCAGCAGGAGCCCAGCGCCGCGGAGCAGGACCGCGUGUGACCUCCUCUCCGCUGCCGGCCGCAGCGUGCGCGGGAGGCGCGCAGCCCCCGGGCCCCGCGGGGCUGGGGGGGGGCUCUGCCGUGGGGAAGCCGUGCCCGGCCCCGGGUGGGCAGCUUCGCGCUUGGCAUGGCCGGAGCGGCGCCGGCGGCACCGACAGCCGCGCU